AUGCCAACAAGAAAGUUCCGUGAGAGCAGUGGAGUAGCUUCUCAAGCACAGUUUGUAAGAAGGCCUUCAACUGUCCUUGGCUGCUAAUAGUCCAUUUUCGAAUACACACGCGUCCAUUUAAGUGCGGAUUUUGUGGGAAAGGCUUCAGCCAUGUCUGGAUCCUAAAAAGCAAGAUUCGAAGGCACACGUGAAAAGCCCUUUCGAUGUCAAACAUGUGGAGGACCAUUUGCUGAGCACUCAAAUUUGAGACAGCAUUCUUCUUUUUCUGUAAUGCUUUAAUGAUUUGUCCAAUUACUAUUCUGCAGUUAUACUACUACCACAUGGCAGAAACUCAUUUCUGUUAUUCUAAGCAACAUGAUGUCACUUCAUGUAUUUCACAUUUUGGGUAACCUAUUAGAACAUUUAUUUGUUAGAAGAGUUUGGUUACAUCUUCUGUGAUUCGAUUACUAACGUUCAAGUUUCACUCCUAGAUUUGGUUCCAAAACUGGCAGAAAAGCUUAAACAACAUGCUUUUUACGGACAUCACAAACACCCGGAUGCAUCCCUUCAGGUCAUCACUGACAUUUACCCACUGUCCUUUCUUACCACUCUUUUGACAAAAAUGGCCUUGCAUUCAUUAAACUCCCCCAAAGAACAGUUUCAGGCCUCCAGGAUCAUGUUCCAGGAUCAGUACAUAGCCGAUGAAUCUUCAGUUGCACAUACCUUGUCCAGUGCUUUUCAUUAACAUACUCAUUUUUUUACGUCCGUUAAGAAUAGUUUUUCAGUGCAAGAAGUUCACACUAGGCAACAAGUUGCAGGAACAAGUUGCGGCAAAAUGUCACAGCCACUUAUCACUCCAUCUGUAAUGGCCCAUUUUUAUAAAAAUUUUGUCCUCGCAACAAGACUGAAUUUGUGCGACUUGUUUGGUUAUGUCUCGUGUGAUUCCUUUACCAAGGUUUUAGUUUCAAUCCCAGGUUUGUUUCCAAAACUGGCAUGCCAGGGGGCAGAAAAGCUUACAAAAUAUGCCUUCAAAAGAUGUCCCAAACACACCGAUACAUCCGCCCAUGCAUCCCUUCAGAUCAUCCCUUCAAAUCAGCCCUUACAUGCAACCUAACGGUCGUCCAAAAACAAAAAAACAAAAUUGUGAACAUAUUAACAAAGUUGGUUCCAAAAACAGCAAGCCAGGUGGCGGAAAAGCUUAAACAAUAAGCCUUCCACGGAUGUCACAAACAUGCAAAUGCAUCCUUUUAGAUUAUCCCUGACAUUUACGCACACUCCUUUCUUACCAUUCUUUGACAACAUGGCCUUACAUUUAUUUAACUCCUCUGAAGAACACUUCCAGGCCUCCAGGAUCAUGUUUCAGAAUCAGUACUGAGCCGAUGAAUUUUCAGUUGCACAUACCCUGGCCAGUGGUUUUCAUUAACAUGUUCAUUAUUUAAAACGCAAAAAGGCCAGAUACAAAUUAUAUAGACCUUGCUUUAUUUCAUGUUCUGCACACGUUCUUUAAAUGGUAUAAAAUCGACUACAAACUUUGUAAACAUCUUUCAACAUCUCAGAUAAUAUGCUUUUGCAACACUUAUACAAGUUUUCUUGUUGCUGUAGUUUUUGUCAUAUGUCUUAGAAUGAUUAUCACUAUAAUUGUCAUUAAUAUUUUUCCUUCCUUAUCUUUUUUUUUUAUAAAAUAUGUCAUAUAUAAUAAUAUCUGACCUUUGACAAUUCCUCUGAUCAUUUUCUGUUACCUUUUUGUUAUUAUUGAUUUUAACAAAUGCAAUUUUUUCUCCCUUUAGUAUGCUAUGGCCAACAACUCCAACUUUUAUGCGCUGGCAUUGCACCUCCCUAAUUGAUUAAAAAGUUUAGUAAGCCUUUUUCUUGUGCCCCAUCUCUUUUACUGGUUGCCUAUGCAACUCUUAAUAGUUUCUGGUUACUUUGUCUUUUCCUCUGAAAUGCUUUAACGAUUUAACGAUUACUAUUCCACGGUUAUACUACUAUCACAUAAAAGAAACUGAUUUUUAUUACUUUAAGCAACAUGAUGUUAUUUUUGUAUUUCGCAUUUUGGGUAACCUAUCAGUGCAUUUCAUUGUUAGAAGAGGUUAGUUAUGUCUUGUGUGAUUCCUUUAUUAACGUUUUAUUUUCAAUCCCAGAUUUGGUUCAAAAACUGGCGUUGCAGAUGGCGCAAAAACAUGCGAACCCCUACCUAUGACACACCUAUGCAGCCACUCAAACAGCCACCCGAGGAGCAAUUAUUCAUACAGCCCACUAUGCAACAGCUAAUGCAGCAGCACAAUAUGCAACGGCUAAUACAGCAGCCCAUGCAGCCGCUAACGGACCAAAUCAUGCAGCAGCCCGCUAUACAACAGCUAAUUCAAGUCAUGCAGCAGCCCAUGCAGCCGCCAACGGACCAAAUCAUGCAGCAGCCCGCUAUGGAACAGCUAAUUCAAGUCAUGCAGCAGCCCAUGCAGCCGCCAACGGACCAAAUCAUGCAGCAGCCCACUAUGCAACAGCUAAUUCAAGUCAUGCAGCAGCCCAUGCAGCCGCCAACGGACCAAGUCAUGCAGCAGCCCACUAUGCAACAGCUAAUUUCAUUGAUCGUUAACGAAUAAAGAAGGAAAUUUUCUUUCUCAGUUUUACUUAAAAUAUGCCCAAUACAAUAGAGACAGUACCUACACUCCUUUUUUCCAUAAGAACAUAUUUUAUAAUAAUAUUGAGGCUGAAAUAUUUAAAAUUUUAAGAAUUUUUAAGAAUAAACCGCUGAGGCUGAAGUUUCCUCAUACAGGAAAUGCUCGAUUGCAUUGUUUAUAGUAGCUUCGAUGUCCGCGUGAUUCGAUAACAGAUGUCUCUCUCCUUCCAUAUCGCAUUCCUCAUCAAGGUCACCAGUGCUCAAGUGUUAACAGAAGGUGUCAUAAUUGACCAAUGAGAGGGUAUACUGGAAUCCAGUAUACCGGAACGACCCUUUCUUAACAAUGUUUACAGGCGUUCUCUCGCUCUGCACCCCCCUUUCCUGUUUUCCCGGUGUACAACUUAACUUGCCCCCCAUUUACCGCCACGCUCUACUAUCUGAAGGCCUGGAACAGGCUAGGUUGUUUUACGGCUUAUAGUCGUUGAACAGUCGUAAUUCGGCUUCAUAUAAAAAUCCCCUGAAGAGUGAGCGAUCACGAAACAGGCUUGUGGGGAUAAAAGUGUAGUUUUUUCCUACUUCCAAUAUUUAUAUCACGCUCUACUUUAACGUAUCGAGCACUCUACUACGGUAAAAUCGAAACACAGACUUCCUGUAUAUAUAUAUAUUAUCGAUUGGUUUCUAAGGGGGCUGUUAGUUUUCGUAAUAACGAAAACUAAGAGGGGUCUUUCAUUCAGUUUCUCAUUUAUACUUUUUUCCAGUUUAAUUACCCUUGCUGAAUAGGGAUAAGAGCCUGGACCUAUAGUGUACCACCAAUUUACAAUCCUCUCUUUGGGAUUCGUGACUCCCGUCAUGCAACCUAUUCACCUCACAUGACAACACUGAUGAAGUUUGAGAGAUUCAGAUGAAAUAUUUGUUUUGUUCCUUUUGCUCCGAGCUUUGGAACUUUCUGUACUUAAAGUUUAUUUACAAUUAUCAUAGACCUUGCUUUAUUUCAUGUUCUGCACACCUUCUUUAACUGAUAUCGUAUGGAAUACAAAAUCAAGUACCCCCUUUGCGAGUCAAUUUUUUGCCUCAUCUCGUUAACUGGUAGCCUAUGCAACUCUUAAUAGGUCUGGUUAUUUUGUAUUCUCUUCUGAAAUACCUUAAUGAUUUGACCUGAAUUACUAUUCCGCAGUUAUACUUCUAUCAUAUGGCAGAAACUGAUUUUUAUCAUUCUAAGCAACAUGUUAUUGUUUGUAUUUUGCAUUUUGGGUAACCUAUAACAACCUCUACAAACACAACAUCAUGGCUGUGGCUUUUGAAACCGUCGAUGUUAUCCUGACUGAAGAGCAGGCUGAACAUAUGAAUGUACGACAUGUGGACCAGCAUCAACACAUGAAAACCAGCAAGUUCUUCCUAUCGUUCAACCUAAAAGCCACUCUGGGCUUGUUAUCGUGUAGAACUUGGGAAGAAAGAGAAGACGUCACUGCUGGAUCACGCAUGAAAACAGGGUCAUGGAUACUGUUAUAUACACUCAUUUGAUGUGAUAAAUACAUCGGGAAAGACCCUCGCGACUUUCCAUGUAAUGAGAUUGGUAUUUAUUAUUCACAUAAUACUGCAAUCUCGAGCAAGUUCAGGAUAAUUACUGCCCAUCCGUUUACAAAGUCUUACAAGAUCAGUACUCAGCCGAUGAAUCUUCAGUUGCACAUACCUUGGCCACUGGUUUUCAUUAACGUAUUCAUUUUCAAAAUUCUUUUAAGAAUAGUUUUUCAAUACAAGAAGUUCACACCAGGCGACAAGUUGCAGCAACACGUUGCAGCGAUAUGUCACAGCGACAAAUUGCUCCAUGUGUAAUGGCCAAUUUUUGUAAAAAAUUUUGUCCAUUGAGUUAAUUACACUUUUGGUCUAACAAAUCUGUACCUGUCUGAAAGGCAACCACUUUACACAGCAGCACAUUGUUUUUCUGGCAGAAUCCCCAUUUCGCUGCAAUAAGGACAUCGAGCUUACUUAACUUUGUAAUUGAAUACAGACAUUUUUCUACUGCUUUUUAGUCCCACAUGAAGCAAUGAUUAAAGAUAAUCCACAAGUCAUGAUUAAAGACAACCCAUGCACAGUAAAAAAAGCCACUACCCAAGAAUGCCAACAAGAUAGUUCCGUGAGAGCAGUGGAGUAG